AUGCCGGACAAAGUGACGGGGGCUCAGGGCACGCCGCCUGCCCAGGUUUCUUCCUUCUUCAUAGAGAACCUGCUGCGGAAGAGCAGCAAAGGGAAGGCGACGGACAGAAGGGAGGAGAACGCGGGGCAGGUGCCUCCCAGAUCGAGCCUUUUCCAUAACGGGACAGCGGGGGAGCAUUGCAGCCAGCUCUGCUGUCAGAUCUCCAGCCUGGGCUUCUGUGCACAGACCUCUCCACUCAGGGAAAGCAUGUUAGAGUGGUACACGGGGGCUCAGCCCCGAUGUGCCGGCUGCCCCAGUCCACACAGUCCGAAACAAGGGAGCCCCAGCUCCGAGGAAGAGCACUGUUUUUCUCUCACAGCCAGUGAUCUGGACUCCCCGCCAGCUUCGGACAAAGGAGACAACCACAAGGAGGUCUGCAGCCAAGAAGGGGACGAGCUACUGCAGGGGAGGAGGUCAGAGGCGGAGAGCAACCCGGCUGUCAAGUGCCAGGCGGACUCUGACCAGAAAUCCGGUCGCAAAAAGAAAACGCGCACCGUGUUCAGCAGGAGUCAAGUUUUCCAGCUGGAGUCCACUUUUGACAUGAAACGUUACCUUAGCAGCUCCGAGAGGGCGGGCCUUGCCGCUUCCCUUCACCUGACCGAGACCCAGGUUAAAAUCUGGUUUCAAAAUCGGAGAAACAAAUGGAAAAGGCAGUUGGCCGCAGACCUGGAAGCGGUCAAUCUUUCUCACAAUGCCCAGAGGAUUGUGAGAGUUCCCAUUUUAUAUCACGAAAACACACCAGCUGGCGCCUUAAGCUUCAGUCUACCGCAAGUAUCCCCUUCUCUGGUUAGCUUCUCCAGCUCUGUAAACUAUCCUGUCACGACAUUCCCUUCCAUGUCUUUCCUAAGGUCACAGAUGAGUGGACUUGUCUAA